AAGGCGCAUGCGCUUGAUAUCAAAUGAAAACGUGGUAGCCUGUGUUUCAUGCUGUUCCUUUUCCAACCGCGGACGUUCUUGGUUUUCUUCGUCUUUACAUCUGAUAUAUCUCUAGCGGUUGUCAUUAAUCCCUGAAUCCUCUGUAAAGAAUCGCUUCGGGAUCUUAUAGAUUAAAUAUGCCAGGAUCUCACUUCUUCCGUCCAGUGAGCACUUGUGAAACGGAGUUUGUGCGAUUUGCGCUUCUGAGGACUUUUAGAUGAGAUUAUAUUAUUCUUUUAAGUAUGAUUUCGUUUUCCAUUCUUAGAACACUUGCCACAGGUGUUUGUAAUAUGCUCCAAAAAGGCCCACGUACAUUAGUUUUGUGUGGUCCAUCGGGAAGUGGGAAAAGUACGUUCAUAAAGAAGCUGUUCGAAGAAUAUCCAGACAAAUAUGGCUUCUCUGUUUCUCAUACCACUCGAAAACCCAGGCCUGGUGAGGAAGAUGGAAAGCAUUAUUACUUUACAAGUAAAGAGAAAAUGGAGAAACAGAUAGAGCAGGGAGAGUUCCUUGAGACUGCCACGUUUAGUGGUAACUUGUAUGGCACUAGUAAACAGGCGGUGGAAGAUGUACAAAGAGCAGGCAAAAUCUGUGUAUUAGACAUUGAUAUGCAAGGAGUAAAGCAGGUGAAGCAGAGUUCUCUGAAUCCUCUGUACGUAUUUGUCAAGCCACCAUCCAUGGAUGAGCUUGAGAAAAGAUUGAGAAACAGGCAGACUGAAACGGAGGAGUCUUUGCAGCACAGAUUGUCUGCUGCAAAAGCAGAAAUAGAAUAUGGUGAGAAGCCUGGUAAUUUUAAUAUAGUAAUUGUAAAUGAUAAUUUCUCUAAGGCAUAUGAAAAAUUAAAGGAGUUUAUUGAUACAGAGAUACAACAAUAAACUGAUGCAGACUGUUGAAUUAAUGUUUCCUAAAGGAGUACGUUUACUGAACUUUAGAUCAUAAUUAUUUUUGUAUAUCGUUACGUGGCUUAUAGCGAUAAGUAAUUGUAUGAUGUGCUGAAAGAGGAACUUAUAUCUGAAGAAAGGGACUCGUGAAUGAACUUAGGCAGAUAAUUUUAUACAACAGUAAGUUGAUUCUAAUAUUGAAGAGUAAAUAUAUGUGUAUACAAGACGCUUAAAGUCUUGUACGCGCCAAAUUAAAUUAUAAAACUUCAUAAUGAUACUUAACUAUACACACCUAUAAAACGGAAAUUAGAUACUCGUGUGGUUUCGAAUAAAACCAUGAACAGAGGAGAUUUGGGAGACAUAGAAUAUGAACAUAGUCCGUUUUAGAACAGUACUUUACAUAAAACUAUAGUUGUCCAUAAAUUAACGUAGACCUUCGUUAAAUUAUUAUAUUGAUCUUGCAGCUGUAUAAAUUAAACUCUUACUUUAUACGACUACAAACACACAGUACAAUAAUUCGACUUUUAAAUUGAUACUAAUUGCCUGACUUACUUCGUUUCGUGCUGCUUCUCAUUUUUCUAAGUGUACAGUCUUCGACGUAAGAGUGACGUAUGUACUUUACCGUUCGUUCGAAGGUCUUUUUUCAUGCUACGUGCUCGUUGACCAGCUCAAAGGGGGAAAAGAAUUUAUUUUUACAUGUGCGGAGCGAUCGAAGAUGAGUGAAAGCGUUAGUUAUAUGUAUGUAUGUAUGUAAAUAUCUUCGACGAACGUGUCCCCCAGCUGCGUAAGCAUGAAAACUAAGAAAACCUGACACGGUAUAGGUCUUAGUGUGUUGUAUAAUAAUUUCAGAAGCCAAUAUAUUUAUUUCCUCGAUUUCUGCUCUCCGGAAUUCACCGCAUUGGCUUCCGAGCGACUCAAAUGUUAUUCUCUUCCGCGAGUCUUGUUGUUCUUUGUUGACUUUGCGGCUGUUUGAACAGCAGUACGACGCUAGACCCUAGUUGAACGUUUUAACGAUUUAAUACCCAGUGAAUAAGUAUGCGCACGAGUGUUAAUUCCAAUUCUCGCUGUCGCGCGACGAGAAACGAUUAUCACGGCGAAAGAUAUCCGAAACACAAAGGGCGAGGGGAGGAAGGGAAGAAGAAUCGGAUAAUUAAAUAUAAAUAUUCUAGAUGUAGCUAACUGAGACUAUCCACCAAACGAAGUUGUGUUCCAACUCAUUAACUGAUAAGUUCUAUCGUGUCGAUAAUAUAGGUGUCUCAUCCGAGUAUAAAAUAAACGACAAGCGAACGAGAAUCGCACGGACAUUCCUUCGAAGAAUAUUCGUUUCAAAAGCGGGGAAGAGCGUUCCCGCGUAAACGUGUUGUUACGAGCACCCGCGGAAACCAAAUAUUUUCCUAAACGCGGUUAACUACUUGUUAAUACAUGUGCGGUUUUAUCGUGUAUCUCAUUGACGAUGAAUACGAAAGUUGAAGUAGGAAGAAAGCGUAGCGAUGCAUAUAUGUACACGUUGUUAGCGAACAUUGUACCAUUGUUGUAGCAUAAUACAUUGAAUAAACAUUUCAG